AUGGUGUUUUGUGGAAAGGCCUCCAGGAGUUGUGCGAACUGUCGGGCAGUCAAACGACGGUGCGACCAGAAGCUUCCCCAGUGUGGUCAGUGCCUUCGGCUGCGCGAGAACUGCCCCGGGUAUCGAGAUGAGUGGGAUCUCGUCUUCCGCAACCAAACGGACCAUAUCAUCAAGCGUUCCAAGACCAAAUGGGCAAAAAGAUCAGCCGUGUCGGCGCCAACCCCCGUCAAGGCUAGCGGUUUGCCCCUGACGCGCAGGUUGAGCCCCAACGUGGAUGAGAUAGGCGUCAACUACUUCCUCCACAACUUUGUCACGGGCGGUCAGGCCCCCUCACGCGGGUAUCUCAACUACGUUCCGUCGGUGUAUCUGGCUGGCGGCGAGCACCCGACGUUGCUGGCCAGCAUGGCAGCCGUCGGUCUCGUGGCGUUGGCCAAUGCCACUCAACAGCCCGAGCUGGCCGGCCAGGCGCAGGCCAAGUACUCCGAGGCGAUCCGCCAGGUGAACAUGGCGUUGGCGUCGCCCGUCGAUUCCGUCAAGGACAGCACCUUGCUGUCGGUGAUCUCGCUCGGGGUGUUUGAGCGCAUCUCCGGACACGAGUCGUGGAUUCAACAUGUCCAGGGAGCGGCGGCGCUGGUGGUGGCCCGGGGCAAGACGCAGUUCUCCAGCCCUACCGCGAUCCGCAUGUUUGCGCAGGUACGCGCGGAUCUGGUCCUCGCCUGUCUCUAUGUGGCGACCCCAUUCCCGAGGGACAUGCUGGAGCUGCAGGACGAGGCGGCUCUGCACACUGACACCUCCUGUCCGCUCUGGCUGCUGGGGGUAGCCAGCACCCGCUGUACGAACCUCCUCAUGCGUGUCAAGAAGAACUACUUGGACGGAGCCGUCCCCUGGUCGAAAUUCUUGGAGGAAGCAAUCGUGGUCGAACGGGACUUUGAAUACGCCCUCAAGCUCCUUGCCCUGCAGGAACCGUAUACCACCAUCCAGGAAGACUCUGGAGAAUUGGACCCCAAUAUUGCCUAUCACGGUCGGUUCGACCUCUAUCACGACUGCUGGGCCAUCAAGUUCUGGAACAACUCGCGGAGUGUCCUGAUGAUUCUCGGCGAGAUUCUGUGCUUCCUUCUCAACCAGGCUCUUCUUGCGCCCGAUCUCGUGCCGGAGACCCGGGAGCCUCUGAGCGUGAAGCUUCAAGAGACGCUGCAGACCAUGUCCAAGCUGGGCACAGACGUCCUGGCCACGGUCCCGCAGGUGUUGAAACUCGUCUCCUCGGCCUCGGGAGCACCGCGCCCCCCUGUCGAUCUCACCUUCCACGGCAGCGUGUCGGGCGGGUAUAUGCUGGCCUGGUGGCUCUACACGGUCGGCAAGUGCGUCGUCACGACCAGUGAAGCGCGGAAAUGGAUCAUCCACCGCCUGCAGCAUAUCGGGCAGAAGACGGGCGUCUCGAUUGCGGCCGAGUUGGUGGAGGAUAUCGUCCAGAUUGACGAGUGGGUGGAUCAUUAA